AUGACUGAUCCCACUACGACUGUCGGAUAUCCUUAUAAGAGCUUAAGGUUUAAAAUAUGUAUUCUUAUGAUGUUAGGACUCACUACAACAGUCUCAAUGAGGGUAGAUUUAAGUAUGGCUGUUACGUGUAUGGUUAACUCAACCGCUUUCACAACACCUCAUCAAGCUUUACUGUCUAAUUAUACAACAGAUGAUUCGUGUCCAAAUUUGUUAGGAGACGCUGCAGUUGCUACAGAGUCAGGUUAUAAUGGUGAACUUCUAUGGUCGCCGCAUAUGCAAUCACUAUUAUUCUCUGCAACCUUUUACGGAGCUAUGUUAACAACUAGUUUUUCCGGCAUAAUUGCUGAUCGUUUCGGCGCAAAGUUUAUUUUGUUAGGUGUUGUGUUGGAUUAUGCAAUCGUUACCUUAUUCACACCGUUGUUAGCUAACUAUUCAUACUAUGGCUUCUUUGCAGCUAGAAUCAUCAUGGGCAUCGGGGAGGGAUUCACUUUCCCUUGUUUGAAUUCCAUUGUAGGAAAAUGGUUCCCUCCUGGCGAGAGAUCUUCAAUGGCAGCUAUUUUCACCUCUGGAAACCAAAUGGCAAUGGUUACAUCAACGUUAAUAUCAUCCUGGCUGUGUGGGAGUUCCUGGGGCUGGCCUUCAAUAUUUUAUCUUUUCGGAUUUCUUGGCUUUAUUUGGGCCAUAAUCUGGUGUAUAAUCUUCACAAGUCAUCCUAGCUCAAACAAAUGGAUAUCAGAAGAAGAAAAAAAUUAUUUAUCGUUGUAUGUUCCUAAGAAAGGAAAGAAACAUGUUCUCCUACCAUGGAGAAGUGUUAUAACAUCAAUCCCCUUCUGGGCUGCAUUAAGCUGUCAAUAUACUUUCAAUCUCCAAGCUGGUAUUCUCCAAGCAUUUGUUCCUACCUUUUUGAAAGAAGAAUUACAUUUACCUGUUGCAUCUAACGGCUUAUAUUCUACUAUACCCUUCAUUAACCAAAUGGUUUUCAAAAAUGUACUUGGUGCAUUGGCCGAUCAUUUGAAACGGAAAGGGAUUUUGUCACAUACAACGUCAGCUAAGCUUUUUCAAACGAUAUGCGCCGUGGGGGCGGGCUUAUCCAUGCUAUGCUUGGUUCUCUUCUCAUCGUGUCAUUAUCCUUGGAUUGUUCAUAUAAUCUUGGGUGUAUUAGGAUUUUCACUAUCUUCAAGCGUGCCUGGUUUCUUUACAAGUAUGCUGAGUUUGGCUCCUGGCCACACAGGAACAAUCGGCUCGGUGGCGAUGAUAUUCGGAACCUUAGGCAAUCUCUCCGGGCCUAUGAUCUUGAGUGGCUUGAGCUUGGUCACUCCUGAUGACAAAUGGACGAACUUGUUCCUAUUUUGUAUGGUGCUUAACGUGCUUUCAGGGAUAUUCUUCUUUCUAUGUGGUUCCGCUGAAGUUCAACCUUGGGGCAGAGACAAGGUGGCUGAUGUCGAAAUGGAGAAGUCUGAAAGUAGUGGAAACUAG